AUGGACACGAUGAAUUUCGAGUUUUAUGCCUGCUAUUCAAUCUCUCCAGCAUCAAGCAGCUUUAGAAGUUCUUAUACUGCAGAUUCAGUUUCAUCACAGAUGUCAAUAUCACGACCUGGCAGUUUAUCGGAGUAUGAAUUUGAAAAUUACGACGUUUUUGACACAGCAUCUUUUGUAGGAAAGAUAGACUUUAAUUAUAUUUUUCCAGACACUAAAACAAAAGGGCUCCAUAAACCUGAUUUAUCGGGAGCUGAAAAUCCUCCAAAGAGGAAACGCUACAACAAGUCUCGUCGACGUGAAAGAAGUCCAGCUCUUGUAGAGAAGUCAAAGAAAACCCGCAGAUCAAAAGCUAAUAACAGAGAACGUAACCGUAUGCAUGGCCUUAACGAUGCUUUAGAGAGUCUGCGAUCCAUACUACCAGUCACUUCUGGUGAAAACAAAUUAACAAAGAUAGAGACACUCCGAAUGGCACACAACUAUAUAUGGAUGUUAUCACAGACCUUGGACAUGGUGGACAAAGCUCCACAAAACAAUGUUGCCGUGACAGAUAACGAACAAGUGCCUUCAAAUGACAACUCCACAGAUAGUGCUAUAACAGAUGAAUCGUCAUUUCAGUGUGAUGUUCAACAAUUCGCAUCUCAUACGUCGUCACCAGUGGCAAGUGUUCAAGAAAACUAUUUUCAAAAAUACUUCCAGACCCAACAUCAUCAUGACAUGUAUGAUAUAUCAGUUACUCCAGGUACCCCAUAUGUUCCCGUAACUGGAGAUACAUCUGCUGGAUUUUCAGAGUCACUGUCGCCUAUUUCUUCAUCGUCGCCAGUUUUUGCAAAUCACCUAAGUAUACCACCAGCCCAUACAGGGAAAAUCAUGGCGUAUCCGUCUCACGGAUUUACAAGUUAUGGACACUCAUUUAAUUGGAAUUGCAUGUAUCAAAGACCACAGCCUGGAAGCCCUACAGAAUACUCUGACACUUCUGAUGGAUUUACUUAUGAGAUGUUUCCUUAA